AUGUCGACCUCAUCUGCAUCGAUCAACUUUGCUUUGAUUAAUCAAGCGAUCAAUCGCUAUGUAACCGUUGUUCUUCUAACCAUCGGCGUUAUUGGAAACGUUCUGAAUUUAUUCAUUUUCACACGUAAAACGUUCCGUAACAAUAUCUGUGUGAUUUAUUUCUUAGCAGCGACCGUGUCGGAUUCAUUUUCAAUUGGCAUCGGUCUUCUUACUCGUUUGCUUAACGGAUACGGCGUUGAUCCAUCACAAACCUCCAGUAUAUUCUGUAAAUUUAGAUUUUUCAUUACCUAUACAGCUGCAUUCACUGGAGGAUGGUUUAUCAGUCUAGCUUGCAUUGAACGGUAUUUGUGCUCAUCAGCAAACGUUCAUCAACGUCGUUUGGUUACAGUCAGAAAAGUCUACGCAUCCAUAUUUGCGGUGGUUGUCUUCGGAGUUCUGGCGUUUGGUGAACAAUUUUAUUGCAUUGACAUCAAUCAACAGUUAUUCAGUGCACCGCAAUCCUGUUAUCAAUUGAAACAGAACAUUCCUUGUCAAAUUGUGGACAGUUUAAUGCAGUUUUUAUUGGAAAUUAUCUCGCCUACAUUGAUUAUGACUAUUUUUGGGUGUUUAAUUUUGAGAAAUGUUCGGGAAAAACGUCGCCGGAUCAAUGUAUCACCCUCAACAAAUUUCAGUACUCCGAAAAUGCCAUUGCCAGUAGAAACGAAUCGAAGUGCGCAACGACGAGAAGCACAACUAUUGAUCAUUUUGCUCAUACAAGUUGUAGUCUUUAUUAUUUCGACAUUUCCUGUCAGUAUCUAUAAAUUCUAUUCUGUGGCUACAAUUUAUGACGUAAGGUCAAAUCUCCGACAGUCAAUUGAAAAUACGAUAUUCAAUAUUUGCGUCAUCUGCUUCUUUUUGAACAACACCAUCAAGUUUUACAUCUAUACCUUGUGUGGUAGUGUUUUUCGGAAAGAAUUAAUUAAGCUAUUCCGUCGACGAUAG